ACGGUUUUAUUGUACUUUCGCUUUCAGAUGUGGCACUUGACGUGCGUCGACGACUUCUUGAACCGCGCGUUUUACAAGGUUGGCCUCGUUGUCGGUCGACACCCCGGCUACUUCGUAAUCGUGCCGAUAUUGCUGGCGUGCAUAUGUUUCACCGGCUACCAGAGGAUACACUACGAAAUCGACCCGGAAUACCUCUUCUCGCCCAUCAACGGCCCCAGCAAGACCGAGCGAGCGAUAGUCGAGCAGUACUUCAAAGUCAAUUACAGCCACCAAUUCGAUGUCAGCCGUAUCACACGACCAGGCCGAUUCGGUCGAGUAAUUGUGAUUCCCAAGGAUGGCGGGCAUAAUAUGCUGAAGAGCGCGAUUUGGCAGGAGCUACAACAGCUCGACUGGUUAAUCAGGAACGUCACGGCCAAGUACGAGGACGAGGUGUUCACCUACGAGCAAAUUUGUGCGCGAUGGCUCGACGAUUGCUUCGCCAACGACAUUUUAGAUCUACGUGUGAUAAUGAAGGACGUGGAAAGGCGGGACGUAAAUCUGACGUUUCCGUGGGUGUUCAAUCCGGUCAACACCGGGGAGGCUCUUGUGCUCGCGCUGAAAUUCGGCGGAAGCGUCGUCAAUGAUGAUUCCACCAUCGAAUCGACGCCUUCGGUGCAGCUCGCCUACUUCAUCACCGCCGGCAGUCCACGGCAGGACGCAAUCGGCGCCGCUUGGGAGGAGGCUUUUCUGGAAGUCGUCGGCAAAGCCGAGGACGGAGGUGUGUUUAAGCACAUUAGCACCGCGAGAUUCGCCUCGAGGACCCUCGAGCUGGAGCUGGAGGCCAACACGAAGACGGUCGUGCCGUAUUUCGCCAGCACGUUCAUCAUAAUGAGCCUGUUCUCGGUCGUGACGUGCAUGAUGACCGACUGGGUGCGCAGCAAACCUUGGCUCGGUCUUCUGGGCAACCUCUCGGCCGCGAUGGCAACAGUCGCCGCUUUCGGAUUGUGCAUCUACCUGGGGGUCGACUUCAUCGGCCUCAAUCUCGCCGCGCCGUUCCUCAUGAUAGGAAUAGGGAUCGACGAUACUUUCGUCAUGUUAGCGGCCUGGAGAAGGACGAGCAUCUCCAAACCAGUUCCGGAAAGGAUGGCGGCGACAUUGAGCGAGGCUGCCGUUUCCAUCACCAUCACGUCCCUGACGGACAUGAUAUCUUUCUUUAUCGGCAUCUUGUCGCCGUUUCCUUCGGUCCAAAUCUUCUGCAUUUACUCAGGUUUCGCAGUGAUCUUCACUUUCCUGUUUCACUUAACGUUCUUCAGCGGAUGCGUCGCGAUCAGCGGUUAUUGCGAACAAAGAAAUUUGCACAGCGUUAUCUGCUGCAAAGUGGAACCGCUAUCCAAAUCCACUCAUCGAUCGUGGCUGUACAGAGCGUUGUGUUCCGGCGGAAUUGAUCCCGACGACCCUCACAAUCCGAUCGACAAUCCCGAGCACGGAUGCAUGACUUGGUUCCGCGAUUACUUGGCGGCCGCGUUAAAUUAUCGCCCUGUGAAAGCCAUUGUCAUCAUCAUUUUCUUAUGCUACCUUCUCGGCGCUCUUUACGGACUUACGACCCUUAAGGAGGGCCUGGAGCGGCGCAAGCUUUCCAAGGAAGAUUCCUACUCGAUUGCCUUUUACGACCGCGAGGACUUGUACUUCAAAGAGUACUCUUACAGGAUACAGGUGGUGGUGUCCGGAGAAUACAACUACAGUGAUCCGAUAAUCCAGGAGCAGAUGGAGAACCUGACGAGAAGCCUCGAAGCAACCAAGUACAUCAGCAGCGAUUCAGUCUACACCCAGAGCUGGCUCCGCAGCUUCGUCGACUCGGCGAGCAACGACUUCCUAAACGUGAGCAUCGCGGACGAGCACAGCUUCAUCAAGAAUCUGAAGCACUUUCUCUCGAGCAAUCCCGAGUUCUCCCUGGACAUCAAGUUUGACAGCACGGGCGAGAAGAUCGUGGCGAGUCGGUUCGUGAUACAGCCGGUGAACGUGAGCGGCACCAAUCAGGAGAAGGACAUGGUGAAGGAGCUGCGCGGAAUAUGCGCGGCGUCGCCGUUAAACGCGACCGUCUACCAUCCGUACUUCGUGUACUUCGACCAGUUCGAUCUGGUAAAGCCGACCAGCAUUCAGUGCAUGAUAUUCGGCGCGCUCGUGAUGAUGCUCAUCAGCUUCAUCUUCAUUCCGAACAUCUUCUGCUGCCUGUGGGUCGCCUUCUGCAUCGUGUCGAUCGAGCUGGGAGUGGCCGGCUACAUGGCCCUGUGGGACGUCAAUCUCGACAGCAUCUCCAUGAUCAAUCUGAUCAUGUGCAUCGGCUUCAGCGUCGAUUUCACCGCGCAUAUCUGCUACGCUUACAUGAGCUCGAAGCGACAGCGGGCGGAGGAUCGGGUCAAAGACAGCCUUUACAGCUUGGGUCUGCCGAUCGUUCAGGGCGCCGCCUCGACGAUACUCGGCCUGAUGGCUCUCCUGUUGGCCGGCACCUAUAUCUUCCUGGUAUUUUUCAAAAUGGUCUUCCUGGUGAUCUUCAUCGGCGCCAUGCACGGUAUGUUCCUGCUGCCGGUGUUGCUGUCCCUCUUCGGGCCUGGGUCCUGCGGCGGCGGUGUGAGCGAGCCCGGUGAAGUGGAGAACACAAAGAACAGCACGCAGGAGAAGGAGCUGCAGGCGAGCAAGCUGCAACUGCAGUUGCAGCAGCAACAACAGCAGCAGAAGCAACAGCCGCCUUACGUGAUCCCGCUUCCUCAUCUAGUCUAUUACGGUCCAGGCGACAUCAAGCCGCUUCAGGACAAUCUCGCAAUGAAUAUGGCGGCGUUCGAGGAGAGGGAUCCCGGCUUGGGUACCAGCGAGGACAGCAACUCGACCGAGAGCGGCUCCUCGCAGAGCAGAAGGCGCCAGCAGCCACUGGAGCAGCAGGACCAGCAGCAGCCGAAUCAGAUUAGCAGCCGCCACGACAUGUGGAGGCGAUCCAUCGGCGUCCUAUACGGCACGUCGCAGUUCCAAUCCGCGGUAGGCGAACCCCAACAUCCGCCGCCGGAUUAUCCCGGCGCCGUGACGCAACCGCGAGCGUCGGGCGAGGACGGCAACGAUCCGCGAACGGCCAGUGCUCCUUGCCCAGGAUCAUACGCCGCGUAUCACCACUCGAAUCAGUUACCACGCGAUUAUAGACGCAGCAGAUCCUACCACAAUCUGCAGUAUCCCGCGUCGACGCGGCAUUUGACGGACCCCCGGUAUCCUUAGAGGAACUCGCGAGGGAAAAGUGUGAAAGACAUAUUAUCGACGCGACCAGCAAUGCGGGAGAUCCCUCGAUCGAAUUUAGUCCCUUGAAACAGAAACUAAUAAUUGAUUUUGGAAAGAAAGAACUGUCGUAAAUCGAGGAAAGACACCGAGUUCGUAGACAAGAGUAUGGCGUUCAAAAAUAGAUCAAUUGUCCCGAUAUAUUCUACUUUUAACUACUAUUCUAUUGGAGUCUCAAAUAAGAUCAUAGCUUCAGGGAGAAUAUCUUUUCAGAAAAUAUCAAACUAAAUUGUAUACGUAGGAUGUUUCGUAUAUAGUUUAUAUCAAUUUCUCCCAAUAAUAUCCUCUAUUCGCGUUCGAUGUAUGGCCAGUACAUUUAAUAAACGUUCGUUAAGCAUCACGAGCGUACAAUCGAUGUUGGGAGGUAUCUUUUAUCGGGGAUUUGAGAGUUAACUAUAAUUGCAGUGGUGCUCAAUCACACGACAGCUUUCCGAGACCAUGACAAUAGAGGAAAGAGAAAAGAAAAGCAAAUAGAAAGGAAAUGACAUUUUGCGCAAACACGGACUAUAGGACGUCCGUGUUGCGGUUCAUUAGUUUCAAGGGGCUGAACUUCAAGAGGAUUUUACUCUCAAACAGCGGGACAGUAGGAAGUGACGCCCGAGUAUAUUCGCACUCGUGUAACAAAAUUCUUUCUUCUACACUCAUUUCUCAAACUAAAUUUUAAUCUAUUAAAUUUCAACUUUAUUGUGCAUCUAAAUUAUUUUUUCUCUUCUUAAAUCGUAUAACAUAAACAGGCUCGUAUAACAAAAAAAUCAUGUAAAUAAUGAUUAAUUAAUAUUAAUUAAUAUUAAUUAAUAUGACUAUUGAGUACA